AGAUCCAGGCAUUAGCAUACUGACAGAGGUCCAGCACUGCAGAUCUCUCUCUCUCUGUCUCUUGUUAUUGUUUUUUAGUCUGUCCGUAAAAGACAGGAAGACAAGGAGAGCAGGGAGGAGGACGAGUGUGAAACAAAUCCUGUGUGUGACGGAUGAGAAAAGAGGAUAUCUGCCUUUUUCACUGGUCCCAGCACAGAAUUCAGAAGCCACUUAAUGAAGAUGCUUGAGGCUGGGAGUUAGGAGCGCCCCACCCUAUAGAGUGUAUUCCAGGGCUGGGGGCUGGAUCCAGAGACCCCUGCCUGGGGGGGGUGAAGGGCACUCACAGCCCUGUGUGAGUCUGGACUAUGGGGGAUGGAGGCGCAGCUGCAACUGGAGGAGAUGGGGUGAACAAGUCCCAUGUCCUGUUUGACAAAUUUGUCCAGGGGACCACGUGUAAGGGCACGCUCAAGGCCUUCCAGGAGCUGUGUGACCACCUGGAAGUCAAGCCCGGCGAGUACAGGAUCUUCUAUCACAAGCUCAAGUCCAAACUCAACUACUGGAAGGCCAAGGCGCUCUGGGCAAAGUUAGACAAGAGGGCCUGCCAUAAGGAGUACAAAAAGGGCCGUGCCUGUGCCAACUCAAAGUGUCUGAUCAUUGGUGCGGGACCAUGCGGCCUACGCACAGCCAUCGAGCUGGCUUUCCUCGGGGCCAAAGUGGUGCUGUUGGAAAAGAGAGAUGCCUUCUCCAGGAACAAUGUGCUGCACCUCUGGCCCUUCACCAUCCAGGACCUCAGGGGCCUCGGGGCCAAAAAGUUCUACGGAAAGUUCUGUGCCGGUGCUAUCGAUCAUAUCAGUAUUCGUCAGCUUCAGUUAAUUCUCCUGAAAGUGGCACUCCUGCUGGGCAUUGAGAUCCAUGUCAAUGUGGAGUUCAAGGGUCUUAUUGAGCCCCCACAAGAUCAAGAGACUGAAAGAAUAGGUUGGAGGGCUGAGGUCCACCCCAGGACACACCCUGUCAAUGAGCUGGAGUUUGAUGUCAUCAUCGGAGCAGAUGGAAGGAGGAACACGCUGCCAGGAUUUCGGCGUAAGGAGUUCCGGGGCAAGCUUGCCAUUGCCAUCACCGCGAACUUCAUCAACAGGAACACGUCGGCGGAGGCAAAGGUUGAGGAGAUCAGCGGGGUGGCCUUCAUCUUCAACCAGAAGUUCUUUCAAGACCUCAGAGAAGCAACAGGUAUUGACCUGGAAAACAUUGUCUACUACAAGGAUGACACGCACUACUUUGUGAUGACUGCCAAAAAACAGAGCCUACUGGAGAAAGGAGUCAUUCUGCAUGACUAUGCAGACACAGAGCUGCUGCUGUCUAGAGCUAACGUGGACCAGGCUGCCCUGCUGUCUUACGCCAGCGAGGCUGCAGAUUUCUCCACCAACCAUCAGCUGCCCGCGCUGGACUUUGCCAUCAACCACUACGGCCAGCCCGACGUAGCCAUGUUCGACUUCACCUGCAUGUACGCUUCAGAGAACGCCGCCAUGGUGCGCCAACGCAAUGGCCACAAGCUGCUGGUGGCGCUUGUGGGCGACAGCCUGUUGGAGCCCUUCUGGCCCAUGGGCACUGGCAUCGCCCGAGGUUUCCUGGCAGCCAUGGACUCAGGCUGGAUGGUGAAGAGCUGGGCUCAGGAAAAAACCCCUCUCGAGGUUCUGGCUGAGAGGGAGAGUAUAUAUCGUCUACUGCCCCAGACCACGCCAGAAAACGUCAGUAAGAACGUCAGUCAUUUCAGCGUGGAUCCAACCACACGUUACCCCAACAUUAGCCUUAACUUCCUCAAGCCCAGCCAGGUGAGGCACCUCUGCGACACAGGGGAGUCCAGGGAAGUGCACAUUGAAAUUGAGAAUGUGAUCAACUCGUCAACACCCAAGUUGGCCAGGAAUGACAAUUGCCUGCUUGCCAAGCAGUUGCAAGAAUCCAUAGCUCGAUCCAGUAAGCUGCUGAACUGGUGCCAGAGACAAACGGAGGGAUACAGGAAUGUUAAUGUAACAGACCUUACGAUGUCUUGGAAGAGCGGUCUGGCCCUGUGCGCCCUCAUUGACCGAUACAGACCGGACCUCAUUGACUUUGAUUCCCUGGACGAGCGAGACCAGGAGAAGAACAACCAGUUGGGUUUCGACGUGGCGGAGAGGGAAUUUGGCAUUUCGCCCUGCAUGACUGGCAAGGAGAUGUCGUCUGUGGUGGAGCCAGACAAACUCUCCAUGGUCAUGUACCUCAGCCAGUUCUAUGAGAUGUUUAAGGACACAGUGCCACCCGGAGAUAACCACAACUUGAGUCCUGAGGAGAAGGCAGCACUGAUAUCCAGCACCAAAUCUCCCAUCUCCUUCCUCAGCAAACUUGGUCAGAGCAUAGCAAUAUCCAGGAAACGAAAUCCGAAGCAGGACAAAAAAGAGAAGGAUGUGGACAGUUUGGGGAAGAGAAGGAAAACCAGCCAGUCUGAAGAUGAGGAGGUAUCCAGGACCGGUCGUGACGACAGGCCGCCCGUCACGGCCGUCCUGUCGGAGAGAAAAAUGGACUCCUGCGCCGCGGGGAACCACAACAAAGUCAAAGUCAUGGCCACCCAGCUGCUCGCCAAGUUUGAGGAGAACGCGCCGCAGCCUACGGGACUCAAACGGCAGGGGGAGUCUCUGCCCAACCUGGACUGCCUUUCGCCCCUUAUCCCGCCCAAAACCCCUUUGAAUGAGCCGGUGCGCCUUGCACCUGUCCCAGCAUGGAGAAAGAGACGCACACAGCAGCAGGAGCAGCUGAGCAUUCGCUACAAAGAAAUGAUCAAGUGUCAGACACUGCCUAACAGAGGGGAGCAGGCCAGGAGUGGUGCAGACCAACUGUCCAGCUCGGGCUCUCGCAGCUGCCCAAAGAAAACCAUUCUGCUCCCUUCUUCCUCCUCCACUUCCUCGCUCUCUCUUCACUCAGAGCAUUUGCGUAAAAGUCCGGAGGAAGAGGAGCUUGAAUACUACGAGAUGCCUCUAAAAUACGGGGAGUGGAAGCUUCCGCACCUGACAGACCCAAGACCCAUUCACAUACCUGGUAUACAGGAGAGGGCGGAUCGCCUAAUCUCCAGGUUUAAGGGCAAACCUGACAGGCCACCAAAGCCUAAGAAAAAGCCGUCCCGUUUCUUUUUAGAGCAGUGGCACUUGUCCCGGGACCUGAGUGUGAGUCCUGGUUUACCACUAUCCUCUCCUGACUCUUCCAGAAAGGAGCCAGCAAGGCCUCUACACUCUGAUGAUGAAAUGCCCUUAUAUGUGCUUAGCAUUCAGGAGAGGGCUGAGCAACUUGCCUCUCAGUUUGAGGGCAAGUCAGCCAGACCACAGCCUAAGAAAAAACCCUCACGUUUUUUUAUGGAACAAUGGCACCUGCCCCGAGACCAGUCUCCUCCUGAUUCCCCCCCCUCCACCUCUGACACCUUGAGACAGCGCUAUGUAAGGAUGUACACAGGCGGAGUUAGCUCAUUGGCUGAGCAGAUAGCCAGUCAGCUUCAGUCUCAGGAAGACCCUAAGCCCCAACCCGAAAAGAGGGAUUUGGGCUCUCUCAGAAAAGAGUUCCCCGUCAACAUCGGUGGCAGUGAUGUGUGCUUCUUCUGCCGAAAGCGUGUGUACGUGAUGGAGAGGCUAAGCGCGGAGGGGAAGUUCUUCCAUCGCAGCUGCUUUAAGUGCGAGUACUGUGGCACCACACUGCGACUGUCCUCCUACGCCUUCGAUGUGGAGGAUGGGAAAUUUUACUGCAAGCCCCACUUCUGUUACCGUCUGUCUGGCUAUGCACAGAGAAAGAGGCCUGCUCCCUCCCCAGCUCCAGUCACUGCUAAGGAGAACCAGGCGCCCCAAACUCCUACGGCGACCGUUGAUGCCCCCGGAAGGGCGAUUGCAGCGGCAGCCCCCUCGGCUGAGCUCCAGCCCUCAGUGCCGGAGGUCAACGGCCUGCAGGAGCCCAGCCUAGCUAAACGUCUACGGGGAACUCCGGAGCGCAUCGAGUUGGAGAACUACCGCCUGUCCCUGCAGAAGGAGGAGGAGCUGGAGGAGGUGCCUGAGGAGACACUGGCAGAACACAACCUCAGCAGCGUGCUGGACAAGGCCGCAGACGCUGACCUGGGCUCCAGUAGCUCCGAGUCAGACAUGGACGAGGAGGAUGAGCAGGAGGACCAGGAGGAGGUGGAACAGCAGCCUCUCAGCCCCUCCGAUCUCGGCGGUGUUCCCUGGAAGGAGGCGGUGGAGCUCCACGCCAAACUGAGGGGCGAGGAAGAGGCCGAGGCUCUGGCCGACGCGGUCAGCAGAGACGGAGAAGUAGAUGAAGACGAGGAGGAAGAUGAGGAAGAUGACGACGAGUCGAGCGACGAGGGGGAUUACUGCCCCUGGGAUAGAGAGCUCCAGUCAGGCCUUUGGCUGGAGAAGCACCUCACAGAUGAAGAAGAUGUUGGUACAUUUAAAGCAAGGAACCUAAGGAUCCAACAGAUCCUGCAGCCUGUGGACCCUCAGGCCAUCCCAGGUUUGGUGAGAACACACGUGGACUCUGAGGGAGACACGGAGGGCCAGCUGGCCUCAGCCUCUCAACUCUCCCAACCCUCUGAGCUCACGCAGGCCUCCUCUACAGCCCUUGCCCACACGUCCGCCCGACACGAGGCAGUGAGAGUCUGGUUGGAGUCCAUGUCUGGAGAGCCCUGUGAGGAUGGAGAUCUGGAAGCAGAAGCAGACAGUCCGGAUAUGGAGCCUGGUACAGAGAUGGAUCAGGAUGACAUCCCUUCAGAUGCAGAAGCUGAGGCUCAUUUGCAUCAGUCAGAGCGUGCCGAAGAGCUUCCCGAGGAAGACAAGAAAUCAGAAAGUCUCAGAAUGUCCUCCAGUAUUGAACCAUCCAGCAUCAGCCCCAUGCAGAAAGAAGAUGUUGUUCUUUCCCCACUCCAUCCAUCUCCAGAGCCUGAAUCACAGAUAACUCUGGUGAUGUCUCCUGGCGCCCGCUUUUUCCCAGAACCAUUCAUACUGGAGGAAAGGAAGGCUGAGAGGACAUCUCCCUCUCCAGCCGCCAAGAGCCCUCUGUUCCCUUCACCCGCACCAGUCCGUGAUCCUUCCUCUCUCCCUUCUCCUACUCUUGCUGCCUCCCCUGUCAGUGUCCCUGCCUCACAUCCCCCCAGUUCACUCACCAAAUCAUCACCAGCCAUCGAGUCACCUGUCAGAUCACCCGUCAGAUCCCCUGUCAAGUCACCUGUUGGCUCCCCGAUCCGCUCUCAGCCCACCCCCUUACCGGAGACUUGCACACCUAUAUCUCCCGUCUACCCUCACCGUUCUAUUUGCCCUCUCACAGGCAACUCCCUCUCCCCAAUCUGUGCUCGGCCUUUGCUCUGCCAGGAACCCUCGUCGCCCCUCGCCUCUGACUCUCCGGUCAGAACUCAGCCUGUCCCUGCGGUCACUUCCACGCCCAUGACCACAACAGACAAGGGCCCGCCCGAGCCUUCAAAUUCUGUAGAUUCCUCAACAGAGGAAACUCCAUCUAAAAAGACAGAUAUCAUUGAGGAAUUUUGGUUAAAGAGUGCCGAGAUCAGAAAAAGCCUCGGUUUGACUCCUUUGGACCGCAGCAGUAAGAUCUUAGAGAGGAGUGUUGUCACGGCUCCAGCGCAGGACUCCGCCCCUGUUAAGACACAGUCUCCCGACGUGCCGGAGGAACAGAAGCCUGCCUUCACUGGCCGCGCUGUCAUCCGCAGACUCAACAUAACUCUUGAGGGUCAGGUCAUUACACCCAUUGCUCUUGCGGAGCCCAAGAGUAAUGGCUCUGAUAAGAGGGACCUGAGCAGCAGCUCUGGCCUGGGGUGGAACGGGAGCAUGGCCACGAGCCAGACCGCAAACAGUGACAGCUAUAACACGUCCGACUCCACCAUGCUUACCCCGCCCUCCAGCCCGCCGCCACCUGUGCCUGCUAAUCAGUCUCCCGCUGUGUUCCGGCAGCAGAGACACCAGGUGUCUUGGAGCAACGGGAUAGAAAAACCUCUACCUGAGCGUGCCAAAGAGCCAACGAAAGUCAAGAGUCCUGUUCCUGCACCGAGGACCCAGCUGAGCCCCGUGUCCGCACCCAAACCCGCACCCAGGAAAGUCUACUCACCCCAGGCAGAGCCAGAGCCAGAACCAGAACCAACUCCAGUGGUCGUCAUGAGGGAGAAGAAGAAGCCACGGCCGCAGGAGGCGAGGAAGUCGUUUGUGGAGACGGUGGAGGAGAUUCCGUUUGCCGAUGACGUGGAAGAGGCCUAUGAUGAGCGGACACCAGACACGAGCAUGAACCGGUACUAUACUCCACCCACCAGCAAGCCCAGCAGGUACAGACCUCCCCUACAUCUGGCUCUAGCCAUGGAAAACGGUAAACCAAGUAUCCAUGUCAACCAAGCCUCCAAGACCGAGAGGGCAACUCAAUUCUCCCCAGAGGCCAAAGAGAUCGCUGAGGAGAGAAUGAAGGCCAGAGAAAAGUCAGUCAAGAGCCAGGCUCUGAAAGACGCCAUGGCCAAGCAGCUCAACAAAAUGAAAGAAUCUGACAAAGACAAGGGUGCCUUACCUAAAACGGCCUGGAGCGUAACCCCAGAUGCUGUCGGAAAAAGUAAAAAGUCAGCCGGGUCUCCGAAGACAUCAGCCGUGAAAGCUCUGGAGUCAAAGAAGGCCGAUAUUUUACCUGAGCGUUUCUUCAGCAGCAACAAGAGUCUGGACAGCUCGGUGGCUUCGUCAGACGGCUCCUCUACGAGUAAGAGCAAGAAACGAAGUUCCCUCUUCUCGCCGCGCAAGAAUAAGAAGGAGAAAAAGGCCAAGAACGACAGCAGCAGGCUCUCCGGCACAGACGAGACACCGCCCAAACACAAGUCGCUGUGGAAGGCCGUCUUCUCAGGGUACAAGAAGGACAAAAAGAAGAAGGACGAUAAAUCAUGUCCGAGCACGCCGUCCUCCAGUUCCACCACUCAGGACUCUGGGAAGAAGAAAACCUCGCCAUCAUCCGACUUGAAAUCCCGCAGAAACUUGAGCUUCUCCGAGGAGUCCGACCUGUCCUGUGAUGAUGUUCUGGAGAGGUCCUCCCAGAAGUCAAAGGCAGAUCAGCACACGGACAUCUUUGACCUAGUAUCAGGCAUGCAGAAGGAAGCGAUUAAGGAGGAGAAACUGGAGAAGGAGAGAAGGAGGGAGUUAAAGGAAAGGAAGAGGGUGAAAGAGAGGCAUAAAGAGAGAGAGCGGGAAAAAGAGGUUGAUCGAGAAAAGGAGAAAAACGAUGAGGAGUCUGUUUAUGUCCCUCACGCACUGGCGUUCAAGAGAUCGUACGCCACAAAGAAAACCUACACCGAGGAAGAGCUGAAUGCCAAGCUGACACGAAGGGUCCAGAAAGCUGCACGCCGACAAGCCAAGCAGGAGGAACUCAAGAGGCUGCACAGAGCCCAGAUCAUCCAGAGACAGUUGGAGCAGGUGGAGGAGAAGCAGAGGCAGCUGGAAGAGAGAGGCGUAGCUGUGGAGAAAGCUUUGAGAGGAGAAGCAGUUGAGCCCUUUGUGGGGAUGCCACGCCGAAGACCCCUCUCCUUCUGCCCCUGCUGGUCCCCUGAAGGCAUGGGCAAGAAGGACGAUCCCAAGCUAAUGCAAGAGUGGUUUAAGCUGGUGCAGGAGAAAAAUGCCCUGGUCCGCUAUGAGUCAGAACUCAUGAUAUUUGCCAGAGAGUUGGAGCUGGAGGACCGACAGAGCCGCCUGCAGCAGGAACUCCGGGAGCGAAUGGCUGUGGAAGACCACCUGAAGUCGGAGAAGGAGCUCAGUCAAGAGAAGCAGAUCUUGAAUGAGAUGUUGGAGGUGGUGGAGCAGCGUGACGCCCUGGUGGCCCUCUUGGAUGAGCAGAGGCUUCGGGAGAAAGAGGAGGACAAGGACCUGGAGGCUGUAAUGCUCUCCAAAGGCUUCAACCUCAACUGGGCUUAGGAGGAAUGAAAUAAUUGCUCGUCAAGCCCUGGUGAAAAGAGUUGACUUGAGAUAGGCGGUCUCUGCCUCGCGUGGUCCUCUUGGAUCAGGAUAGUCUGCUGAACACCUGCAGCAGUGAAUGUGUAAAGAUUCCCCCAACACACACACACACACACACACACACACACACAAACACUACGACUGCCUCUGACAUUGAAGCAGUAUGCAACGUUUACAUAUCCUCUGCCCAAAAGGCAGUCCCAGUUAAUCACUUUGCAGUUUUUUUGCUUGCUCUCGCCCCCUAAGGGUGUAGAAGCGGGUACAUUCACAGCUUUAUCAGCCCAGCCUUGAAGUGGAUCCUCUCAAACAGGGGGGGGCGGGCUUUGGGAGAAUGUUUAAAGACUUGUUUCAUUCUCGAUUAUCUAAAGGGAAGAAUGCAGUUCGGUCCUGCUGAUGUAAAGGAAUUGUAAAGAAUUGUGUUUUUGUGUAUAGUUGUAAGUAAGUCACAUUGUCGGCGGAUGAGGGUCAUCUCUUCUUUUUUUUCCGGAAGAAAAAAAAUAAAUAAAAAAGGACUGCUACAGAGGUAUGUUUAAAUGCUGGAGUGACGUCUCCAGUCUCAGUGUCUGAUUCUCCUUUCCAGUCUGACUGUAGGACGAACAUCCUCUGCUGAAGCUGCCUUUCUAUCCAGUGACAAACUGACUUCUGCAUCCUUACGAACCAUAAAGACACCAUAAAAGGCUCUAUUCCCCCCCCUCACAGUGUUUUUGUGUUUAUGAGUCAACACUAAGAAACCAUUAAAUAUGGCCAUGGUUUUAAUGUAUUUAUUAUCUUUGUCUGUUUUUUUAACAGAUACACAUUUUUGUUUUGUUUUGCAUUCACAGGAGAGUGCCCUGCAUCUCAUUAUCUUGCACUUGUGCAUGACUCAGAUGCACACCAUAAGCCAUUGCAUGUCAGGAAUGAAGGCUGCAGGCACAUAAAAGAACUUUACCUUGUCUUUGAUAGCUAGGACAUAGAAUACAGACUUAUACUAUUUAUGAACACUCAAGCAUUUCACAUGACUCGAUAACGACGGGCCUCUCCUUGACAUGUACUGUACAUCACACACUGACAGUUAACGUUUACGAACGCUUGUCCAUAUUCGAGAUCGGGUGUUUAUGUUUCCUACUGUGGUAAACUGUAGCGAGGUAAAAACAACCGUUGAAAAGGAUUCAUCUUUGAAGGAGCCGUCUCUUCGAGGUCAGAUAUGUUUUCCAGCGUGGGAUGUUCUCAUUAAUGAAGCCGAUUUCACUGUUGUUAAUGGGAGAUCAGCGUAGCUCACAUUACUCAUUUUGUGCCACAGGACUGUCUCUGUCGGUGGAUAUGCUGCAAUAUCUGAGAAAUACACCACGAGGACUUACACACACACCACUCACAUCCAUGUAUGGCAGUGUUAAUACUUUACCUUUGAACAAGAUGCCUUUUUCAUUUUCAUUCUCUAUACUUAAGUUAUAUUUUAUUAUGAUCCUGUAUGUUUUUUGAGGUAGUCACAUAUGUGUAUCCCACUGGAACUCCAAGAUUAUUAUUUUUUUUUCAAAUACUUUUAUACAGCACGUCCCCACACAAACAAGUAGAUGAUUUUAAAUAGGGAGCUUAAGAAAUGCAAAGUGCUUUAUGAGCAACUUGCAUCAAACAGGAGCGUUAUGGUUUAACUGGUGGGCAGUCAAAUCUAAUAGCCUUUUCGACAACUGUAAAACUCCAGAUGGUCACUGGUUUACAGCACAGAAACACUAGAGGCUAUAUUUAUGACUUGGUAUGAGCUGUGAAUAAAAAAAAAGAAGUGAUAUCAUUUUGAGGGUUGUUGUUUUAGACGGUGUGUGAUAAGUUUGACAUGAUUGUAUUGAUAUUUAUUAACGUGUGCAAACUGUAUUAUAUGUAAAGAAAAUGAAUCCUAAUUUUUAAACUGUUCUGUUGACACAUGACUUGUAAUGUAAAUGCUUCAUGUAGCUAAAAUGCAUAGGGGUGUUGGAUGUAUGCUGAAAACGGCAAUAAAACAAUGCAGUUCUUUUAAAUGUUUGCCCA